CGGCGGAUUUUUUCUCCCACCCUCCACACGUGACGCGGGCCGCUUCACCCCGCCCCCCCUCCGGUGCAACACGUGAUCCGGCCCGCCGCCGGGUGACGCAAGCGCGUCGGGGCCGUCCGGCCAGCCGGGCGCGGACGGGUGAAAGGCGUUACUUUCAUUCUUUCCUCGCCAUCCACCGGGACCAGUGCAGACGCCAGGCCGACCACAACAGGUCGACCCCGCCGUCCCUGCCUGUAAUUGGCGGCGUUUAACCCUCAGCCAACGGUCAGCGGGGCCGCCGUGAUUGACGGCGGUUGCAACCAAUCGGGGGUCGAGGCUGGCGAGGGGCCAAGGGCCAAUCGGGUGCAGGAGUGGCCGGACUGAUCCGAGCCGGCCAAUGAGUUGCGGGGCGGAUCAGAUCCUGCCAAUCAGCGAACGCGGCUGAUCCGAGUCGGCCAAUCAGGUAACGGCGGGUUGAGCUGAGCCGGCCAAUCAGGUAACGAGAGUGAUCUGAGCCGGCCAAUCAGGUAACAAGACUGAUCUGAGACUGCCGCCGAGAGUCGGAUCUAAUCCUACCACUCGGGUAACGGGGCGGAUCACAGCCGGCCAAUCAGUUCCAUCUCGAUGUACUUGUGAAUGGAAUGAACUGUCUGGGUGGUACGCAGACAACAGAUUUUCUCCAUACCUGGGUGCAGGAGACAAUGAUAAACCAAAAAACAAUACCUUGAAGUCUCAAAUCUUCCUUCAAGAGUGGGUACAGGGUUCCCCAGCCAUGGUCACUAUGUCCUUUGAGAGAUGAGAGGAAACGGCCGUUUUUAACUCGUUAACAGAUCAACUUGACCCUCACCAACUUUUACUGAUGCCCCACAGAAAGCAUCCUAUCCUGAUGCAUCACAGCUUGGGACGGCAACUGCUCUGCCCGGGACCGCAAGAAACCGCAGAGAGUUGUGGACACAGCCCAGCGUGUCACAGAAACCAGCCUCCCCUCCGUGGACUGUCUUUACCUCUCGCUGCCUUGGUGAAGCAGCCGGCAUAAUCAAAGACCCCACCCACCCGGGUCAUUCUCUCUUCUCUCCUCUUCCAUCGGGCAGAAGAUACAGGAGCCUGAGGGCACGUCCCACCAGACUCAAGGACAGUUUCUACCCCACGGUGAUAAGACUAUUGAACGGUUCCCUUAUACGAUGAGAUGGACUCUGACCUCACGAUCUACCUUGUUGUGACCUUGCACCUUAUUGACUACCUGCACUGCACUUCCCCUGUAACUGUGACACUUUACUCUGCAUUCUGUUAUCGUUUUACCCUGUACUACCUCAAUGCACUGCGUAAUGAAUUGACCUGUACGAUCGGUGUGCAAGACAAGUUUUUCACUGGACCUCGGUACAAGUGACAAUGAUGAACUAAUACCAAUACCAAAAGCCUGAAAGCACAUACCACCGGGCUCAAGGACAGCUUCUACCCCGCUGUUAUAAGACUAUCGAACGAUGAGAUGGUCUCUUGACCUCACAGUCUACCUGGUUGUGGCCCUUGCACCUUAUUGUCUGCCUGCACUGCACUUCCUCUGUAGCUGGGACACUUUGCGUUCCGUUGCCCUGUGCUAGCACCUCGAUGUACCAAUGACCCGCCUGGCUGGCACGCAGAACAAAACCUUUACCCCCGUGGGCUGAACGUGGAGCAGAGAGAGAGCGUGUGGGGACUGAGGGCAGGAUGAGGCACUGUCAGUGUGUUGAACGUAACUGGCGUUUCCUGUCUCCUGCGGUGUGUGUGUGUGUGUGUGUGUGUGCGAGAGACUACCUCACCUACUGAGACAGCAGCAGUAGAAGGAGUAGAGCAGCCCAGGGCAGGAAGACGUGUCUGGGCUGCGUCGAGUGGCAGGAACCCAGGAAGACACCUGCUCCCACCAGCUGGCCAGACGGAGCCCAUGUGAAAGGGGCCAGCGUCACUCGGAGGUCCUCAGCAGCAACCGACGCGGGUUCAUCGCCAGCGGCUGAGGGGGAAUGGCCCUGCCCGAUCCCGGGAGCCGGUCGGCAGGGAUCCGGCAGUCCCGCUGAGGGGGCGGCAAUGUUCAGGAACCGCUCGGCAGCCGGGAGCCAUGCCCCGGUGCUGCUGGAGGCCCUCUUCCACUACCAGUACGUGGGCACGGAUGGCAGGCUGGUCCGCAUCGCGGAGGGAGACCGCUUCGUGCUCCUGCAUCGCUCCAACCAGGACUGGUGGCGGGUGAGGCGUGAGGGGGCCGCCAAGAAGGAGAAGCCCUUCUUCGUGCCCGCCUCCUAUGUGGUGGAGCUGCUGCCAGAGGUGCCUGCCAGCGCGAAGAGGGCCAGUCUCCCCGGCAGGUUGUGGGAAGGAAGAGCGGAGCAGGCAGGCAAGAGCAAGGACGACUUGUACCGGCGGGCCAGGACCCUGGGAGGCAGGCUGACCGGUGACAGCGACGGGAGCAGAGGUGCCCGAGCGAGGCACCUACCUCCCAACCCCUACCAGCCGUCCGCGGGCAGCGUCUUCGCCAUGGUGCACUCCUGGCCACCCAGGGGGCAGUCCGAGCCAAGGGGCAAGGAUGCCAGCCCCCCGCCGGCGGACACCUCGGAGGCCGGCUCCCCGGUCUACACCAACCUGAAGGAGCUGAAACUGGGGGUGACGGCCCCCCCGAGUCCCUCGGGACCCCCGGUCCAACUGCUCGACCUCUGGGAGCGAUACAUGGACCCGUCUUCUGGCAGGAGCUUCUACAUCAACACCGUCACCAAGGAGAAGACCUGGAAACCACCCCGGAAGGCCAGGAACCUCGGAACAUCCAGGUCCUCCACGCCACCUCCAGAGACCCCAUCUGUCUGGCCCGGAUGUGGGAACAGCCCCUCUUCGUUCAGACGUCACGUGGAGCGAUCCCAGGACAGGACAGGGCAGGGGUACCUACAGGUCACCGGCAUCCAGAGGACUUCGUCCACCGAGUCCCUGCGAUCGCCUUCCUCCCGCGCCCACGCCGCGGAUGAACCCGUCGACAGGCAGGAGCGCUUCAGGCGGCUGACCCAGUCCAAAUCCGUCAUGCUCUCGCAGUUCACCGACCCCAAGGGAAUGCAGCCGGGGACCCUCUAUCAGCAGGCCUACACCGGAAACAACGGCUCUGCGCCAACCUCCCCGAUGCUGGAGAAAGCAGGUCCCCUGAAGAAGACGAAGAUUGCAGAAGGUGGAAGGAAGCUAAAGAAGAACUGGACCAACUCCUGGGUGGUUCUGGCUGGGAACAGUCUGGCCUUUUACAAGGAAGUCAAGACACAAGCUGCCAGUCCAAAGGGUGACCGGCCAGAGAGCAGCGUGGACCUCCGGGGCUCCCUCAUCGAGUGGACCAAGGAAAUGUCCAGCAAGAAGAAUGUGUUCCGGUUGCGCACAGUGACGGGGAACGAGUUCCUGCUUCAGGCGGAGAACGAGGGCUACAUCAGCGACUGGUACAGGACCAUCAAGAGGGUCAUCGAGACCUUGGACCGGGAGAACCCCCUGGACGUGCCCCUGGUCUACGCGCUGCGGCGGACGGCCAGCACCGAGCUGCUGGACUGCAGCGGGGACGAGGACGAGGCUCCAGCUCAAGAGCGGCUGAAGGACAGCUGGAGAUCCUCGCUGCGGAGAAUGGGAUCGGAUAGCUCGGAGAGGAAGAGGGUGAAGAACAGGAUCCGCAAGUUCAUCACCAAGAGACCCCCACUCCAGACCCUGCAGGAGAAGGGUCUCAUUAAAGGUGAGCAGCUGGUUCUUCGCUGCCGUCUGGACGCCCUGUGCGAGCGAGAGAGGGCCACCGUCCAGUUUGUGAAGCUGUGUAUCCAGGCCGUGGAGAGACGAGGGCUGGAUGCGGACGGAGUGUACCGUGUCAGUGGGAACCUGGCUGUGAUUCAGAAGCUGCGAUUCAUCGUUGAUCACGAGCGAGUGGUGACCAGUGAUGGACGCUACCUGUUCCCCGAGAACGGGUCCAAGGUAGAGAAGCUGAACAUGGACGACCCCCAGUGGGAAGACAUCCACGUCAUCACCGGUGCCCUGAAGAUGUUUCUCCGGGAGCUUCCUGAGCCACUGUUCCCGUUCAACUUUUACGAGGAUUUUGUGACAUGUGUCAAAAUCCAGGAUCCCGCGGAACGACUGGAGAACGUCACGGUUGUGCAGAAUUUGCCAGAACCCAACAGGGACACCAUGAGGGAGUUGUUCCGGCAUUUUCAGAAGGUGGUGGAGCACAGCGCGUUGACGAUGACUGCGCAGAGCCUGUCCAUCGUGUUUGGCCCCACGCUGCUGCGAUCGGAGCGGGACAUGCUGGCCAUGCCCUUCCUGAUGGUCUACCAGAACCAGAUUGUCGAGCUGGUGCUGCUUGAGUGUGACGCCAUCUUCGGGGAGGCCGGCAAACCCCCCUGACCCCACC